AAUGACAUGGAAGGCAUUAUUGGAGAUGAUUAUUCAGCAGGCCCCUGUGUGUCCACAGCGAGCCUGACAUCCAGCUUUUUCGUCUUUGUCAGGGAAGAAGGUCACACUUACGAUCACAUGGCUUCUAGAGAGUACAUGCUGCCAAAUGAUGACUCCUGGACAUACGCAGAAGAAGUGUUCCAUUUUGUACUGCAUGGCAUCCUCGGUGGGAAGCCUCUUCUCGGCUCUGUCGAGAAUUUUGAGGGUCGCGUGUUAGACGUUGGCACGGGCAUCGGAUGGUGGGCGAUCGACAUGGCGGAUGGUAAUCCUCGUGCAGAUGUGAUAGGGAUCGACUUGAGUCCCAUCCAGCCUGUCUACGUACCAGUCAAUUGCAGAUUUAUCAUCGAUGAUUUUACAACAUCAUACAAUCUAGUCUUUGCUUGUUCUGAUUACUACCCUAACGUUAUUCACUGCCGCAAUAUGGCCAUGGCUAUCUAUGACUGGACAAGAUUUAUUCCGUGGAUCAAGAGGGAGUUGGAACCCGGGGGCUUGGCAGAGUUUCAGGAGCUACUCUGGUGCCCAUGUAUCCAAGACGAUGGUAUCAUCAAGCCUUACACAGGUCCCCUAGCAGAAUUCUUCCAGACACUAGCUCAGGCAUUCGGUGCUGUCGGGAUCAGUCUUGAUGCACCGCGAUAUCUAAGGACCGGGCUGGAGCUAUCUGAUUUUCAGGAUGUGUCUCAGCAAGACUUUCUCAUCCCUCUGGGGAAGUGGUCAAACGACCCCAAACUCAAAGACAUGGGGGCCCUUUUCUACUUUUUUCUGCUGGUGGCAAUCGAGCCUUUAUCGAGCCGGGUCCUUCGCCGUGGGCUCAACUAUAGCCCAAGUGAGGCUAAACAGUGGGCUGAGCGGUUCAAGAAAACGCUGAAA